AUGCGUUACUUAACCCGUUCGUUUCUUCCACAUCGACCUAAAAUCAUCCUUGCGCUUUUCCCUCCCUGCGCCGUUCCCCACCGUUCCUCACCGCUCCCCAUCGCUGACUGGCCUUGCAUGUCGUCCUUAUUCCAGUGCCAGGCGGCUCCAAAGGCGCCACAGCAGCGGCGGAGAGGAGAGGAGGGGAUCGCUGAGGCUCACUCCCCCUCCGCCAUCCCCCUUCCCCUCCUCUGCUUCUCCGUCCCCUCAUCCUCUCCCCACCCCCCUUCCCCCCCCCUCCUCCCCUUUCCUCCACCCUCUCCGCCAGGCGCAAUGGAUUCAUUUAGAGGCGGGUCCAAAGGCGCAACAGCAGCAGUGGCAGCAGCGGCGGAGAGGAGAGGGUCGCUGAGGCAAUGCAAGGCUCGCUCACUCUUCCCUCCUCCCUGUUCCCUCUCCCUCCCCCCUGUUCCCCUUCCCUCCUCCCUGUUCCCCUUCCCUCCUCUGCUUCUCCGCGCAAUGGAUUCAUUCAAAGGCGGGUCCAAAGGCGCGACGGCAGUGGCAGCAGCAGCGGAGAGGAGAGGGUCGCUGAGGCAACGCAAGGUGGCGGCUGAUGUGGUGGCUGUGAUGCUGGAUGAAGGCACGCGGAAGCGAGCAGCAGCGGCGCGACUGGAGGCUCUAGAGAGUGACUAUACCGGGGUGGAUGCUGCUGUGGAUGAGGAUGAUGACGUGUUCAAUGCAGAGGAGGAACUGGUGCAAGAAGGCUUCGCACCAGCCAAGCGAGUGAGCCGUCCGGGCAAGAGGCGCACGAGACAGGCUGCUGCUGCCGUGGUGAGCAGAGCGAGCAAGCGAACUCCCAAGACGUUUGCAGAGCUGCUAGAAGAGGCACGCCCUCCUUACCUCACAGCAGCAGUGGAGCCCGGCUGCUGCCUCUGUGUAUUGUUUGUGUGCUCACCCCUGCCAUGCUUCUCCCUCGCUUCCAUGCCCCCUCCUCACUCCCCACAGGCGAAUCUAGAGACCCUGCCACCAGGCACGCCCUCCUACCUCACAGCAGCAGUGGGCCCUCCAACAGCCGCCUCAGUGCGCCGCUUCUGCUCUGCGUCGGCGGACUUGAAGCAGACGUCGGACGACCUCAGCGGCAGCGUGAAGAAAGCUGUCGGGCAGGCGGGGAGGAACGUGCGCAACUCGAUCGGCUCCAUGGUCGGAGUCCCGCCCAACAAGGGCACGAAGAAGCACCACCGCCGCGGCGGGAAGAAAACUGGGCGCCGCGGCGGGAAGAAAACUGGGCGCCGCGGCGGAAAGAAAACUGGGCUGGCGGGAGCUCGUAAGCGCAAAUCGGGCGCGGCAGCCCCCAAGACGUCCGCUGCGGGGGUUCCGAAGAAGCAGGGGGCGGGAGGUAAGCUCAACUCCGGCGCAACCCCCAAGAAGCCCGCUGCUGCCGCUGCUGGCGCGACGGGGGCUCCUAAGAAGCAGGAGGCGGGAGCUAAGGACACCUCGGGCGCAGCACCCGAGUCCCCCGCUGCUCCCGCUGCUGCAAACGAGCCGCGCGCGCUCCUCGAGGCGGCCGACAGUGAUGCCGUGAUUGACUCCGUUGACUCGGUUGACUUCGACUCCGUUGACUUGGAGGAUUCGCGGGUGCUUCUCUCGAUGGGGGAUGCAGCGGCGGACUUGAAGCAGACGUCGGACGACCUCAGCGGCAGCGUGAAGAAAGCUGUCGGGCAGGCGGGGAGGAACGUGCGCAACUCGAUCGGCUCCAUGGUCGGAGUCCCGCCCAAGAAGGGCAAGAAGAAGCACCACCGCCGCGGAGGGAAGAAAGCUGGGCGCCGCGGCGGGAAGAAAACUGGCCCCGCGGGAGCUCGUAAGCGCAACUCGGGCGUAGCAGCCCUGAAGACGGCCGCCGCUCCCGGCGCUGCUGGCGGGAAGGCGGUUUCGAAGAAUCAGGCGGGAGGUAAGCUCAACUCUGGCGCGCAUGCGCUGGGAGCAAAGGGCACCUCGGGCACAGCCCCCAAGCCCACCGCUGCCAGCAGUGCUGCGAGCAGUGCUGCCAGCAGUGCUGCACCCAGCAUUUGA